AUGGCCGCCACGGCCACAAGUCAACCUCCUCCUGAGGUUGGCCAAAUUACGUAUGCACCUGGAUGUUCAUAUGUUGAGAAGUUGAAACCAAAAGCAACCCACGUUCAAUCCAUUCCACUAAAACCAGUCGCCUAUCUGCAUGGAGAACCACAAGUAAUAUGGGAGCAGGAUGAGGAGAAUCAGAUGAUUGUUAAUGAAAAUCUUGAAUAUGCAGUAAUUGGCAAGUUUUCCUAUGGUUGGCUUGAUAUACAAAAUUUGAGAAAACUCAUCCCUAAACAAUGCGAGUUAAAAAGAGCUUGUAAUAUCGAAUUGUUAAGCAAUCGACAUGUUUUGAUUAGGGCUACUCUGUUAGAAGAUUAUGAUCACUUGUUAUCGAAGCCGACUUUUUACAUUACCCAAAACAAUUGGUCCUAUCCUAUGAGAACGUUAAAGUGGGAUCCCAUGUUUAAUUCGGAGGAAGAAACAACAACGGCGAUAGCUUGGAUUUCAUUCCCUUCUCUCCCACCAAAUUUUUUUUGCAAGGAGGCAGUUUUUUCACUAGCAGCAGCAGUAGGGAAGCCCUUACAAGUAGAUAUGGCAACGAAGAAUCAAACAAAGCCAAGUUGUGCACGAGUAAAAGUGGAGGUCGAUCUGCUAAGGGAGUUCCCUAAACGAAUUAAAAUUGGAAUGCGGAUGCAGAAUAAUGAUGUUGCAGAGAAGUGGAUCAAAAUCAAUUAUGAUUACGUCCCAAAGUACUGUCAAACGAGUAUGAUUCAGGGGCACGAUGAAGAACAAUGCUACGUUGUACACCCAGAACUACAUCCAUACAAGGAGAAAUCAGGCAAUGAUAGGGGAAAACAGAUUGAAGAAAGGCCUAGUAAAGGGGACAACAAAGGGACGAAGUUAAUGGGGAGAGAAUAA